AUGCUGAAGAAGAAUUCAUUAUCUGGAAACGCAGUUGCAAAAAUAAUAACACAUCUUUACUUGACGAAGUCUACGUUUAGUCUGAUUUGCUUAUUGAAUGUAAAGAGUGCGGACUCAUUUAGAGCCUAUGUUGAAACCAUGCCUUGGUUGUCGAUACCAUUCCAACAGACGGCAGUAAGGGCGGAACUAGCUCAGCUCUAUGGUAUCCGGGGAAUUCCAACGUUGCUACUUUUAGACAGCAAUGGUCAUAUUAUUACAAUGGAUGCAAGGACAGAAUUAGCAGAAGAUCCAACAGCACAGUAUUUUCCCUGGAAACCAAGACCAGUAAACAUUUUGACAGAGCGGUAUUUGACAAAACUCUACGAUUAUCCUGCCAUCGUGCUUUUUGUGGAUGGAGAAGAUACUGAAGUCCAAUUCGCCGAGUCCGUUCUGCAUCCAGCAGCCGAAAACUACUACAAAACCAACAAUAUCAACUUUAACUCAGCUCAAGAAGACUUCUUUCUGAGUAUAGAAGACGAUCCCUGCAUUCAAUUCCUUAUUGGAACUGACAGCGAAUCUUCCGACAUUCUAAGAGAUAUCGUUGGUUUGGACGAUGUCGUACCUCUUUUGGUUGCAAUAGAUCUACCCAAAAAGCGACUGGCAGUUAUGGAGUACGGAGUAGAAAUUAAUAAUGAAAGUGUUGAGGAGUUUGUUAACCGAAUGUUAAAAAAUGAACUUCAAUUUGUAGAUAUUAUUGAGGAUAAGGUAGAGGCUACAAAAAAUCGUUAA